UGUCUAUAACAAAGUAAUUUGACAUUGCAUGCAAAUAUAUGCGGCAAAACUAAAAGUAAUAAACCAUUUAGGACAAAAAAAAUGUUUUUUUUAAAAAAGGGCUUUAGUUCAAAUAAUUAAAUAUUCGGAGUGACUCACUUUCUUUUUCCCCAGGUACUUCGUACCUAUAAAUAUAACACCUCACCACACCCAUUGUUUCAUUCAUCUUUCCAGCUUUCUUUUCUUUUUCCUUUGUACUAAAGUGAGAUAAACAAAAAUAGUUAGAAAAUAAAGAAGAGAAAAAAUCUGAGAGAAACAGAAGAAACAUUAAAAAAAAAAUAUGAGGCCAUUGAGCAUUAAACCAACAUCGUUAGAUGUAGCUAGACAUGCCACAUCAGUAGAAUCAUUCGGGAAUCACCGACCGCCGAUAUCUCCGUGGCACUCGCCGGUGCCGUACCUAUUCGGUGGUCUUGCGGCGAUGUUAGGCCUCAUAGCCUUUGCUUUACUUAUCCUGGCCUGCUCUUACUGGCGCUUUUCCACCACCAGUGAUGACUCCGGCGAAGGAAACGGCGGAGGAGUCGACGAGGAGAAAGAGAGUCGGUCUGGAGUGAAGGCGGCGAGUGCAGCGUAUGAGGAGAAGAUUCUUGUCAUAAUGGCCGGAGAUGACUUGCCGAGGUUUCUGGCCACGCCGGCGGCGAACAAAUGCAUGUGCGGUCACGAGGGUAAAAUGGUAAUUUCGAAGGAGGAUGGUGUUGGUGCUGGAGAAGAGAAAAUGGGAGACAGAGAGAAAGCCAAAGAAAAUGAAGAAACAACGAGUCAGUGAGCUUUUUUGUUUUCUUUUCUUCUCUCAGUGUUUGUCUUUUUUUGUUGGGGAAUUUUCUUGGGAUAUUUUCCUUCGUGUUUUCCCGGGAAUGUAAAUUUUACUGAGAGAAAAUUUUGGUUACGAUUAAUGAAUGAUUGCUUGUAAUUUCCUAUUUUCAGAUAGUGGAAAACUCGUUUUCUAGUUUUUGUAA